GCACCACCAAUUGCUUUAAGAUCCGAUCGCGGAAACUAGCUAGCUAGGGCUGUACACAACUGAAUUAGUUUGAAUUAAUUUUACUAGUACGCACCAAGCUAGCCAGCGAGCAGAAUGAACAAAUCCAUCAAAAAGUCAGGAACUUUUGUCCUCAAGAAGACUCCUUCAAUGAAAGUAUCUCUCCCCCCCUCCCUCGACUUAGCACUCCCAACUUCUUUCCACCCCAUCGUUGCCGCCGCCGGCUCCGGAGAAUACCAUCAAGAGGGGCAGUACCAUCACAUCAGUCACCCGCAGCACCCCUUGGCUCGAGUGAGCUCCCCUUACUUGUUUACGUGCAUGGGCUGCAAGGAAUACGGCGCCGGCGCGAUGUUCUCCUGCCAAUCCUGUAAUAAUUUUCAGCUACAUGAGUUUUGUGCCUUGGCCCUUCCAACUCUUACCGCUCACUCCCUCCACUCCCACCACCAACUCGUCUUUCACUCUAAACCAGUUAAAGGUGGACUUCUGUGGCCGAGAUGUGAUGUGUGCAGCAAACCCAUAAGAGGAUUUGCUUACAGAUGCAGCACAUGUAGUUUCCAGAUGCACCCCUGCUGUGCCAUGCUCUCUGCAGAAAUGAAAAUUCGAACCCACCCACACCCGAUGAAACUCAUACCCACAAACAAUGCUACACUCUCCAGCAGUGACUUGAGUUAUUGCUGCGGAGAGUGCGACAAGAAGAGAUCCGGCAAAGUAUACCGGUGUAGCGUCUGCGAUUACCAUAUCCACGCAGUUUGUGCAAAGAACAUGGUAAAUGGGCUGCAUGCAAAUGGGAUACAGAACGUGGAAAAACCAAGCAUGCUAGGGGCUGCAGCUAAGCUCGCAUCUCAUGUGGUUGUAGGGUUCAUCGGUGGGCUGAUUGAGGGUAUUGGAGAAGGUGUGGGGGAAGUCUUGGUUCAAAGUCUCACAAAAGCUGGAAGGCGCAAUAAUACUAGUACUGCUACUACUAGUGCUGCUACUACUAGUACUGCAAGCAACUAGAGACAGAUUAUUUGAACAGCAGCUUGAUGCAUAUUCAUAUAUAAAGUGAUGGAUCGUGACUGUGAUUAAUUUAAGGUUUGCAGUAUGUGAAGUAGCUAGAUGGAAAAUAUGUGUUAAAUGAUUGCUGCAACUGUUUAUAGGAUGAUCGGGUUUCCUGGUUUAAUUUAGGUACAAUUGGUGGAAGGACAUACAUCCAUGUUUGAUGUAGAGUAAGACGAAUUAGUAAGUGCAAAUAGUUCUAAGAUUGUGAUUAACUAGCUAGUAUUUGUUCUGUGUUGAUAUAUGUGUAUAUAGUCAUGAUCAAAUAUAUAUGAUUAUCUGAUAAUUAAUGACU